GGCACCGCCGGCCGUCGCGGAGAAUUGUAGAUUUGUUUUUUUAAGCCGGCGGCGAGUAAAUGUCUGAAUUGAGGGAGCUGAGCCGUUGAUUUUUUGGGAUGUGUGGGCCCGGAGGCCCGCUCGCGACGCGGCGAAUCAGAACCUUUGAAGUUCGGAGCGGCUGAGCCGCUAAAGCGGUUAAUUUUAUAAGACGGAUUAAUCCUUAAUUAGAUAAGGCAGUUAUGUAUAAUCAGGUUCGGCGCUUGGAUAAUUUCGUCAGCAAAGAUAAAUGAUCUGACGUGGCAUUUCCUCGAAUGAAUGUUGGGCUUUUUGGUAAUUUCACGGGAAAGAAGUUGCAGAGAAAAUAACCAGAGACGGGAGAGAGAUGGCCUUAUCCGUUAAGCCUUUAUAAAAGGACAUCAAAAUCAUCCAACAAAGAAGCAAAAACGAGAGAGAGAGAGAGAGAGAGAGAGAGAGAGAGAGGAUUUUGGUUGGUGAGUGUCGAGUUUCGAUCAUUAAUGGCGGCCGGUAGGAGUUACUUAGGUAGAGGGAGUUACAGGUUUCUUCCCGGCGAGCGGGACAGUCCGACAAUCGUUUCGGACCCGUUGUACGAGCUCGACGAAUCGGAGGUCUGGAACGCGACGCGUUCGGCGUCGCCAGAGUUGCGGAGGCCGGUUCCUAGUUCCCGGCCGGCGAAGAGGCAGUCGUCGAAGAGAGGCGAUUCAGUCGCCGGCGCGGUUUCGGCGGCGGCAUCGUCGCUUCCGCUGAACAUACCGGAUUGGUCGAAGAUCCUGAAGGAGGAUUACGGAGAGAAUAGGAGUAGAGAGAACGAAGGCAGCGCGGACAGUGACGAGGACUACGAAGAUGGAGGGAAUCGGAUCCCUCCGCACGAGUUCUUGGCGAGGCAGCUGGCGAGGACGCGGAUCGCAUCGUUCUCGCUGCACGAAGGGAUCGGGAGGACUCUGAAGGGGAGGGAUCUGAGUAGAGUCAGGAACGCGAUUUGGGAGAAAACCGGCUUCCAAGAUUAAGCGGAAGAAGAAGAAGAAGAAGCCAAAGAUCGAGAAAAUCAUAAUAACAGUGAGAAAUUAGAAUACAGUAGUACAUUAAUUAGGAAACGUUUUCUUUUUCCCGGAGCUCUCGCUUCCCACUCCGGCGACCUCUUUUUCCUCCACUUUUUGGGGUUUACCUACUAGUAUCCGUCUUCAUUUUGAUUUUUGAUUUUCUUUGUUUUCGGUGAGUUGAUGCGACCAAGAGAUAAUUCGUGCUUGUAAUCCUUAACUUCUGAGAUUGUAAUCGAAGUUGCGGAGGAAAUCUCGAUCCUUUUUGUUA